AAAUCAAAUCCAAUCUGACAUUAUCCGUAAACACAUCUACGGCAAAACACUGGCGUUUAUGUGAAGAAGGUCCGGGUCGGGUCCAAGCUUCCCUUCCCUUCAAAAUUUGGUAUUAUGAGCUCCGCCAUGGCAUCCCUAGGCCCGAACCUGAUCCAUUUUGUAGUUCUUUUUAGUACCAUCCUUCCCUUUUCGCCCAUUGCCUACCGACUACUGAACCGAAACAAAAGCCAGUCUCAGACUCAGACUAACUAAGAAUUAACAAUGUCAGCUUUGAGAUUUAGCUCACGCUUAAACCCAAUGCUAUCAAACAGAAUCCUUUCUCAAACAAAUUUAUUAUUCACCUUGUCUUCUUUCUCCUCAUCGUUCAAAAAGACCUCCAAACAUCUUUAUUGCACCUCCAAUUCCACUCUUCAUAAUAAUGGAGGAACCUCACUUUCUCUCUCAAGCAAUUCUCCACUUUCAGGAUUAGAGGAUGAGUUGGUGGGUUAUAUAUUUGGGAAGAAGAAAGCAACAGAAGUGGCUCAUUUGGUUUGGAGGCAUGUCCUACGUAAAGGGGAUAUGGUCAUAGAUGCCACAUGUGGGAAUGGUUGUGAUACCUUGGCAAUGCUCAAAAUGGUUGCUGAUGAGUCUGGUUUUGGUCGUGUUUAUGGAAUGGAUAUUCAGACAGAGGCUAUAGAGAAUACUUCCUCCUUACUGGAUCAAGCUGUUACUCCAAAGGAGAAAGAACUAGUCAAGCUUUUCCCCAUUUGCCAUAGUAGAAUGAAUGAAGUUGUUCCAGAAAAUACUGCUGUUAGACUUGUUGCAUUCAACCUUGGCUAUCUACCUGGAGGUGACAAAAGUAUUAUUACAAUUUCAAGAACAACACUGUUGGCCUUGGAAGCUGCAAAGAAAAUGCUGAUAUCAGGAGGGCUUAUUAGCCUAGUGGUUUAUGUGGGGCAUCCAGGUGGAAGGGAAGAACUGGAAACAGUUGAAGUCUUUGCUUCUGGAUUAUCUGUCGAUGGUUGGAUAUGCUGCAAGUUCCAGAUGUUGAACCGACCCUUAGCUCCAGUACUGGUUUUCAUAUUUAAGAGAUGAAACGGCAGAGGAUUUCCAAAAUGUAGCAAAUUUUGUACUUUCUAAAUUGUCAAUUUGAUUUUCGAUUUUUUUUUUAAAUAUUUUAUAAAUUCCUCGAAAAUUGGUUUACUUAUA